CAACCUUAAAGAAGCUAACAACUCCAGAUUUGUCUGUCUAUAAGAGCUGCUGUUUAGUAAACCGGAAAAUAUACUGGAAAAUCACAAAAAAAAAAAAUGGAUAGGAAAUUCGCCAAAACCGGGAGAUGUAUGCUUACAAUCAUUCUUCUGUGCCUUCUGGUUUCAUCAUUUUCAGAGGCUGCACAAGUAACCCAAAUCACCACACCAUUAGAACCAACAGGAGUCAUCAAUUCACCAACAAAGCCACAAGUGAACCAGAACCAACCAAUUCUUGGUCAGCCAUCUUCUUCUUCUCCUGUAAACCAGCCUUUAACCGGGUUAAGCCAACCAUUAACCGGAUUUAAUCAGCCAUCAUCAACUGGACUAAGCCAACCAAUUCUUGGUCAGCCAUCUACUUCUUCUUCUGUAAACCAGCCAUUAACCGGGUUAAAUCAACCAUUAACUGGGUUUAAUCAGCCAUCAUCAACUGGACUCAACCAACCAAUUCUUGGUCAGCCAUCUUCUUCUCUAAACCAACCUUUAACCGGGUUUAAUCAACCAUCAUCAACUGGAUUCAACCAACCGAUUUCUUCUUCGUCCUCUUCUUCUGCUCAAAACCAGCCCUUUACGAAUCGACUCAACCAGAACAAUCUCUCGGGCGUUCCAUUUCUUAAUGGAAAUUCAAAGUUGAAGAUCUCCGGCACAAAGAUUGUGUUUAUCUGGAUUGGUCUUUUCCUUGCUUUGCACGGUACUGAUAGGAACUAAACCGAACUUACACAUCAUAUGGCGUGUCAUCAAUGUAUAAUUUUCAUUAUAUUUGUUCUAUAAACCUUUCUUAUUGUUGUAUCGUGGAUUCUAGUUUAAGAGUGUUUAUGUAUAAUUACUGAAAUGUUAUUUGUCUUCUUUUUGUUAUUGGAUGAGUGUUCGAUCUGGUUUUAACUCCA